CCCUCCCCGGCAGCGGCCAUGGGGUGUUUGGGCAACGGCAAAACGGAGGAUCAGCGUAUCGACGAGAAAGCGCAGCGGGAAGCCAACAAAAAAAUAGAGAAGCAGUUGCAGAAGGAGAGGCUGGCUUAUAAGGCGACCCACCGCUUGCUUCUGCUGGGGGCUGGUGAGUCAGGAAAAAGCACUAUUGUGAAACAAAUGCGAAUCCUACAUGUCAAUGGAUUUAAUUCAGAAGAAAAGAAACAGAAAAUACUGGAUAUUCGGAAAAAUGUUAAAGAUGCUAUUGUGACUAUAGUUUCAGCUAUGAGCACUUUAAUACCCCCUGUUCCAUUGGCCAACCCAGAAAACCAAUUUCGAAUGGACUACAUCAAGAGUAUAGCUCCUCUUUCUGACUUUGACUAUACAAAGGAAUUCUUUGAACACGCAAAAAAGCUCUGGGAUGACGAAGGUGUGAAGGCAUGUUUCGAGAGGUCGAACGAAUAUCAGCUGAUUGACUGUGCACAGUACUUUUUAGAAAGAAUUGACAGUGUCAGCAUGGAUGACUACACACCCACAGAUCAGGACCUAUUAAGAUGCAGAGUGUUGACAUCAGGGAUUUUUGAAACAAGAUUUCAAGUAGAUAAAGUCAAUUUCCACAUGUUUGAUGUAGGUGGCCAGAGGGAUGAGAGAAGAAAAUGGAUCCAAUGCUUUAAUGAUGUCACGGCUAUCAUCUUUGUUGUGGCUUGCAGCAGCUACAACAUGGUAAUAAGGGAAGAUAACAACACAAACAGACUACGGGAAUCUCUGGACCUUUUCAAAAGCAUCUGGAAUAACAGGUGGUUACGGACCAUUUCUAUCAUUUUGUUCUUGAAUAAACAGGACAUGCUGGCCGAAAAAGUCUUGGCAGGGAAAUCAAAAAUCGAAGAUUACUUUCCUGAAUAUGCGCAUUACACUGUACCUGAGGAUGCAACACCAGAUGCAGGAGAAGACCCCAAAGUCACAAGAGCCAAGUUCUUCAUCCGGGAUGAGUUUUUAAGGAUAAGUACAGCGAGCGGAGAUGGCAGGCACUACUGCUACCCACACUUUACGUGUGCAGUGGACACAGAAAACAUCCGCAGAGUGUUCAACGACUGUCGGGACAUCAUUCAAAGGAUGCAUCUCCGCCAGUACGAACUCUUGUGAGGGGGAUCACCGUGGAACCUGUGGUUUUAAAUUCUUUGCUCCUUACUCUUUCUCUUGAUACUACCCCACACAGGGUGGAAGAAUAUAUUAUAGAAAUGUCAGCCUC